AUGGAGCAAUCCAUGUCCAUGAUCGAUGCCCAAGUGCAAUUUUUAGAGGAGCACCUGGUCUUGGUCCACAUCCCCUUGGAACUGUACCCCUACUUUUUGAAACCGGUGCUUAGACUCAUUCUUGACGAAAUCUCCCCGUUGGAAGAUGGCGAGAAGGACGAAGAUGACUUCUUGGCGGACAUGGAGUCUAUUUCUGAUGAGGGCUCCGAGUACCGAGCACCGGCAUUCUUGAACGUUUCCAUCACCCCCGUGGAAGUCUCUGUGAUCUGCCCGAGGCGCCUGGUCGAGAAGUAUUUCGAUCCCCUCAUCAACCAGCUCAGCCAGAUAGAUAUAUCGCUGCGGUCUCGCGUGCAUAUCAGUGAAAAUGACUACAUCGCCAUGCAGGUUCUGGGCCAAGGUCUAGAAGCCGGCAGGCGUGUUCUGGAGCUGACUAGCCCGCUAGCCAUGGCAGGAAUCUCAAUCUUCUUCAUUUCAACCUACUUCUCCGACUACAUUCUCGUGCCCCUGCGCAGCAAAUCCAACGUAAUAUCCGCCCUCGAAAAUCGGGGCUUCCAGUUCGAAAACGCCAACACAGCCUUUGUUAAUCCUCUCAGUCCAACAGGGGAAAGAAAGCUCAGCGAAGUUAUCCCACCACUCACGCCUCCGCCAUCAAGCGUCGCAGAACUCCAAACCCGUACCUUUGAAAACCUUCGCAAACACCAGAUUCUGCCUGCUGUAGAUGACAGUCUCCGCCUCGUCCAGUGCGCAGCACACCACCAGUAUAACCGCGAAGAAAGCUCCAUGUCAAUUCUACGCAAUGCGCUGACAACUGUACUCCUCGUCGAUGAGCCGCGCUUCCUUUCACUCACCCUCGCCGCGUUGGACCCGGCCGCCUCCUUGCUUCUCGAAAAGCGGUUGCUUCCACGCUUUGCGCGACAAUCCGAUUACGAAGAUGGCUCGGGGCUACUGCUCGGCUCAAAAGAGGACUAUUUGAUCCCAAUAAUGCUGGACCUGCGCGAUCUGCCGCUGGAGGCAUCCGGUAUCGUCUGCGGGGUAGCCGGGCGUCUUGCCGAAGCAACGAACGGGUCGUCGCGUAGCGUAACUAGCGGCAACGCAAGUAUUGCCAGCGGGAACGACAGCAGUGUGAUCGCAUCAGUGUCUAAAUUGUUUGAUACUUUUGGCACCCGGCUUGCUCUUGGUGAUAAGAAGUCGAAGCCCUCGAGUCAGCAUCAAUUGGCGCCGACAACUCACCAUCUCAAGCCGGACCUGGAUGCGUCGGCGGAUGCGGUCGAGAUUAGUUUUCUGAGUACUGCCCGUGCUGGUACCAUCAUUGUGGGCGAGGACGAGCUGCAGAGGGCGAUUGAUGCCCUCGAGGCGGAGAAGAUGCAGGAUUCAGCUGCUGAGGUGACAUCCGAUAGCCCUGGGGUUGGGCUUGGGCUCAACCCUGGCACUGCCGAGGAUUCUGAGCCUGAGCAGAGCCAGUGA